ACGUACUCGAGCAAGCACACACACACGCACACACACACACAUGCACACAGCCGGGAGGAGAGGCAGAGUGUCGGCUCUCCGCGAGCCGUGCAGUCGAGCUGUGCUGUGGAGAGGACACCAGCGUUACUUUGCCUCUGAGGGAGGCGCGGAGGACAAGAGAGAUGAGGAACAAAGUCAAAGUGGGGCAUCUUUUUCUUUUUCGCCGUUGAUCAGCGGCCACGCGGGUUCACGCGCACAGGUAAGAUAAAUAAGACACCCAGGAUGGAUUAACCUCUGCACUCGGUAGACCUUCCCAGAAGUUCACGUCCAUUUGCGCAGCCUCUCACAGCAUUGGGAAAUGACACGAUGUAAAUGUCUCUCGGCCGUUUUUCUCUUCAUUAAACCUUUCGGCUUUGGGCCAUGAGCCUGAGGGGAUCUACCCGGAGCGCUACUUCCCUGGUUUGGAUUUAGAAUUCUCCUCUGCCGGGAGCGGUGGCCGGCGGGAGCAGGGGGGACUUCACCCCUUCGGAGCACGGGGAUAACUUUACAAGAGCACGCGCCACCAUGAGGAUGUCGGCCACCUCCUGCCUCUGUCCCUUCCUGGUGUGCCUCUGUUUCAUCCAGAGGUGCUGCGGGGCGAGCCACCACGUCUCCGCCAAAGUGCCCUCCAAGAACCAGACCAAAGUGGCCACCGGGGAGACGGAGGUGCACCACAGGCCGAAGCGGGGCUGGAUCUGGAAUCAGUUCUUUGUUUUAGAAGAACACUUGGGACCAGAGGCGCAGUACGUGGGGAAGCUUCACUCAAACUCGGACAAAGGCGACGGGUCUGUCCGGUACAUCCUGAGCGGCGACGGAGCCGGCACCAUAUUCAUCAUCGACGAGGUGACGGGAGACAUUCACGCCACCAAGAGCCUGGAUCGCGAGAGGAAGGCGCAUUACGUCCUGCACGCGCAGGCCCUGGACCGCAACACGGAGGACGCGCUGGAGCCAAAGUCGGAGUUCAUCAUCAAGGUGCAGGACAUCAACGACAAUCCACCCAAAUUUCCGGAUGGACCCUUUGUAGCUACGGUGCCUGAGAUGUCGGAGCUGGGCACCUCUGUGUUGCAAGUCACAGCGUCGGAUGCAGACGACCCCACCUACGGAAACAGCGCCAGGAUCGUCUACAGCAUCCUACAAGGGCAGCCCUAUUUCUCCGUCGACCCCAAAACAGGGAUCAUCCGGACCGCCCUAUCCGACAUGGACCGGGAAGCCAGGGAGCACUACACGGUCGUCAUCCAGGCCAAAGACAUGGCGGGCCAGGUGGGAGGCCUCUCGGGCUCCACCACCAUCAACAUCACCCUGACAGACGUCAACGACAACCCGCCCAUGUUUCCCCAAAAGAAUUACCAGCUGUACGUCCCCGAAUCGGCUCAAGUGGGGAAGCCGGUGGGGAAGAUCAAAGCCAACGACGAGGACCUGGGCGCCAACGCGGACAUCAAGUACAGCAUCAUCAACUCGGAGGGGGCCAACAUGUUCUCCAUAUCCUCGGAAAGGGACACGAGGGAGGGCGUCGUCAGCCUAAAAAAGCCUCUGAACUACGAGAGGAAGAAGACCUACACCCUCCACAUCGAGGGCACCAAUACCCACGUGGACCCUCGCUUCUCCUACCUCGGCUCCUUCAAAGACACCGCCACCCUCAAAAUCACCGUCGGGGACGUGGACGAGGCGCCCGUCUUCUCCGUCGACCACUACAUCAUGGACGUGUACGAGAACUCGGCGGGCGGCACGGAGGUGGGCGCCGUCACGGCCCGAGACCCCGACAGCAGGAACAGCCCCGUCAGGUACUUCCUGGACAGCAAGGAGGAAGGAGUGAGGCACUUCAGAAUCGACGAGAGCAGCGGAGUCGUGCGGACCACACAGCCGCUGGACAGAGAGGACGCGUCGUGGCACAACAUCACCGUGAUGGCCUCGGAGGUUGACAGCCCCAGCCUCCUCAGCCACGUUCCCGUCACGGUCCAGGUGCUGGACGUGAACGACAACCCGCCAGAAAUAGCCACGGACGAGGAGGUCAUCGUGUGCGAGAGCUCCAGGCCGGGGCAGGUGAUCCAGACGGUGGCGGCGGUGGACAAGGACGACUUCGCCAACGGGCAGCGCUUCUCCUUCGCUCUGCCCAGCGCGCUGCCGGUUAAUCCCAACUUCACCCUGAAGGACAAUGAAGACAACACAGCCAGCAUCAUCGCCAGGCGGCGGCGCUUCAACCACCUGACCCAGGACCUGUACGAGCUGCCCAUCGUGGUGCGGGACGGCGGCGAGCCGUCGCUGAGCGGCACCAGCACCGUGACCCUGCGGGUCUGCCCCUGCCAGAGUCACGGCAGGGUCCGGAUGUGCCAGGGCGAGGCCUUCCUCUCCUCCGCCGGCCUCAGCACGGGGGCGCUCAUCGCCAUCCUGCUGUGCAUCGUCAUCCUGCUGGCCAUCGUGGUUCUCUUCAUCACGCUGAGGCGGAGCAAGAAGGAGCCGCUCAUCAUCUCCGAGGAGGACAUCCGGGAGAACGUGGUCACCUACGACGACGAGGGCGGUGGCGAGGAGGACACCGAGGCCUUCGACAUCAUCGCCCUCCGCAACCCGGCCGCCGCCGAGGAGCUCAAGUUCCGACGGGACGUGCGGCCCGAGGCGGGGGGGGACUGCGGCGGGGGGGGGCUGCGCCGCCGGAGCGCCUCGCCGGAGCUGGACGAGGGGGACGUGUACGAGUUCAUCAGGCAGAGACUGGUGGAGGCCGACAUGGACACCAGCGGGCCCCCCUACGACUCCCUCCAGACCUACGCCUUCGAGGGCCAGGGCUCCCCGACGGGGUCCGUGAGCCCGCUGGACACGCCCGCCACGCAGUCGGAGCAGGACUACGACUACCUGGACAACUGGGGGCCCGAGUUCCAGAAACUGGCAGAGCUGUACGCAGAGGCGGCGUCGGACGCGACGGGCUAAUCUGUGAUGUCACUCACCCGCCUUCAGAGGCGAUCGGUUUGAAGUCCGUUUUUUUUUUUUCUUCAAAUUUUCAGUGAACGAUGUGAGCAGAGUUGCUUUCAAACUGUUCCCGUGUUGAACUGAAAUGAUGAUCUGCGAUUUUUUUUUGGGGGGGGGGGGGGGUUUCGUUUCAUUUUGUCACUUUGGAUCGUGGGCCGUUCGUCUGGAAGUGUUAAAUCAGAUUAUGAGACGCAAGAAUGACAAUGUGAGGAAAAAAGGAAGAUGAUAUUUUCCUUGGUGUAUAUUUUUUAUUGCUCAAUAAAGUCCCGAAAUCCAUAUGGUUGGAUAUGUGAGAAAAAUAAAUUGUACAUUUUGUCUUCUUCAUCCAAGGAGUCCAUUCUUGGUGCGAUACGGCACGCAGUCGAGGUUGUCACGGUGGGAGGAAUCUCCAAAAAGGUGUUUAUCACUCGGCAGGAUGACGCUGAGCCCUCCGGAGGCACAAUAACGACACCUUUCUUCCAUUUCCUCCGCGUUGCCUCGUCAUCCGCCGUAGCCCCGUUUUGUCUUUUUUCCAAACUUUUACCAAGUGAAGGGAUGCA